AAGCAGUUACGAACUCCGGUGGAAAAUCCUUUCCGCACAAAACAUAAUCCGAUCGAAUCCCGAGAAUUGACCGUAUCCUCCUCGAUCGCCUCAGUUUUGGACGAUCAAAAACUGUCCCCGGAUUCCAAACCGAGGCAAUCACAUUCCAGUGUUGUACAGCGCCGACCCUCUGUUCUGUAUGAGAUGGCAAUUAUGCGACGUCACUUGGUCACCUCUCGAGAGCAUACAUCCACUAGAACUUCUUCGCAAACAAUCACCACAUCCACACUGGUGUCUCGUUCUGUGUCGCGCACAGGCACUACUGUUCCGAAUGUCAAUCGUUCGAACAAGAGCUCCACAGUUGCUGUUAUGAAACCUCUGCCGAACAUGGCCAAUGUUCUUCGACCGGUCGUCCGGAAGCCGAAACAAGACAACACAUUGUGGUACAUUUUUGGCGUGAUAGAGGCAUCAGUUCUCGGUGUUCUGUUUUGGUUGUUUUUUACGGGCGAAGUGGAUCCGGUUUCCUUCAAACUAACUGCAGUGAAGGAAGUGCCUGCAUCAGCAGUGCAGAAUGCUCGUCUGUCCGAUAUCUCCCAAAUUAAUAUCGGCCCACAUUAUGGAGCUGAAAGCAUUGUUUACGUAAAUGGCACUCUGUAUACAGGUACAGCAGACGGGAAGAUCUUACGAAUAACGGACUCUAAAGUGCAGGUUGUGCAUGAUAUGCGUAGUGCGGCUUGUGGCUCACUAUCCUGUGGUCGCCCUUUGGGUAUGCGUUUGUCCCAAGACCAUAAGAGCAUAGUGUUUGUGGAUGCAUUUCAAGGCAUUUUCUCAUUUUCUCUGGAAAAUGAGAAGGUAGUAAAAUUGUUUCCAGUUGGUGACGGAUUUGAACCGGUGUUCUUGAAUGACCUGGAGGUUCUUUCUAACGGAAAUAUUUUCGUAUCAGAGACGAGUGUAAAGUACUCAUUGGAGCAAAUUUUGGGCGAACUCAUGGAAUCGAGACCAAAUGGUAGAUUGUUACUGGUCGAUCCCACAAACGGCAGAUGGAGGCUAUUUGCUGAUGGACUUCAUUUUCCCAACGGUGUCCAAUUACAUCGUGAUGGCAAAUCUGUCCUAGUUGCCGAAACUACCCGAGCCCGAGUAGUUCGAAUUCCUCUGGAUGGCAGAAGUCCCAGCACUGUGUUUGUCGAUGGUCUUCCUGGCUUUCCGGACAACAUUCGUCUGAGUCCACGUGGUGGCUAUUGGAUUCCGGUGAGCAAUGUUCGCAACGGUUCUCUGUUCUCUUGGGCAACAGAGUUUUCGUCCAAUUGGCCGGUGAUUCGACAGUUUGCACAUAGAGUAAGUCCUUACGGUAGUGUAUGUAUCAAAUUGUAUACUCUUAAACGACUAACUGCCGUGUGA